AUGAUCAUGUCCUGCUGCAAAGACCUGAGCCCCGACUUCUCUGGGUGCCGACACGCACUGAGCACGGAGACAGCAGACAGAGAUGUUUCCUACUGCUGAUAAGAAGACACAGGAGCAAAGGCCCAUCUGGACCUUGAGAGACCCAGAAAAAUCUCAGAGAUGGCAAAGAGAGAUUACCUGGUGGAGGCUGCCAAACAGAUCCGAAUGGCUCUGGACAGCGAGGUUAACGAAGACUACGAGGCAGCCUUCAGUUACUACAAGAACGGAGUGGACUUACUGCUGAAUGGAGUUCAGCUGGACCCAAACAAAGAUAGAAGGGAGGCUGUGAAGAGGAAGACCACGCAGUAUCUGAAGCGAGCUGAAGAAAUCUUUAUAACACAUCUGCAAGAUAACCUAGGGAAAGGAGGCUCUCAUUUAGGGGGCUAUAGCAGUCUGAGAUUUCGUCCGAUCCGACACCUGAGUUCACCCGUAGAGGAUCUGGAAAUGUGUAAAGUGGUGGGAGUCAGCGAUAAGGUCCUGAUUGUCCAAAGCAUGGUCAACAAAGAGACAUUUGUUGUAAAGAGCCUCGUCAAAUCGAGCUGGGAGAGCAGAGACCAAACAACCAUUAUUCCUCAAGGGGUGCCCUACAUGGUGAAGCUGCUGCGAUAUUAUGUCAGUGAGGAUGCUGUGUAUCUGCAUCUGGAGCAUGUCAAAGGUGGAAGGCUUUUCUCCAAGUUGCACAAACUUAGAAAUGAGAAGGCAAGGGAAAACCCAGACCAAUGCUUCACCUCUGGCCAGCACGUCAAGCUGAAGACCAGCCACACCUCACCUGCAAUCAGCACAGACUACCAGCACAGCAUUAGGAGCACAGCAGUGAUUCCACAUAAAUUUUCUGACGAGAGCCCAGAUAAAGACUUCCCAAACUCAUGGGAUGAGACUCAGCUGCGACUGGAAAGCUGCGGGACUCACUCCUACAUCGAGGAGACCGGUUGCCUCCAGAACACGCGAUCAGCAGCGUCAUUUUACACCAAGCUGGAUCAUCUGACUCUGCUCUCUGGCCUGACGAGGACACAGGUCAACACCCACAUACAUCCACCAGCCCCUAGUUUGUGUCUGCAUUCCAGCGAAGCUCAGGAAAAGCUGGCUCUUCCUCUCUCUUGUGCCCGUGUCAGCCAAGCUCUCGAUGUCAUGUCAGAACUCCAUAAAAAGAAGGCCGGAAUGGGACUGAUAGAGUGCAGUACGCACUUUGAGGCGGCCUGGGAAGCUGCGGGCCCAUCACACAGCUAUAAUAAAACAAACCCCUAUGCAGUGACUAACAAUAAUUUGCUAAGAGCAACAUCACAAACAAAUCAGACCUCAUUUAAAAGAACAGAGUCCCCUAAAAGUGAAAAAGAGACUUUGAGUUCCUCUCCUGCCAUUCUGCAUCUCCCUCUCCAUUGCCAAACCCAAAUCCGUGGCAGGGCAUCGUGGGAUACUAAUGUCUCUCAUCAGGGAACUUUUCCAGGUGGAAGUUCUGAAGACAUACAUGCAGAGUCAAAGCUAGAAAGCAACCCUGUUGUAGAAGAAAGAAAUGGAAUGAUAGUCAUCAGGAGUACAGACAGAGCAGUAUUUUCUGACCACACAGACACAAGCAUCAUCUCGGAAAGUUCUCGGGAUUCACGUGCUUCCCUUUUCCACGGAAGCGUAAAUACACAGGGGGCGUUAUCAGAAGUAUGUCAUAUUAGAGAAAACUGUCUCAGAGCUGGAAAACAGGGUGUAGAGGUAGCUGGUGAGGUACUGAGUCCUGGAGGGAAGAACCCAAAAGUGGGAUCAUAUGUCGGCUGGGUCUCUCCUGACCCUCUUGGGGCCACAUCCCACAGCAACAGAAAGAAUGUGGAUGGACCAGAGUGGCAUAUAGAAGACAAGAUCAUUGAGGUGGACGGCUGGUGUCACCUGCCACGGUUUCCUGCCAUGGCCUCCAGGCCAGCAGAUAAGGCUUUGCAGAGCUACUGGGGGCUUCCAGAAGCGGAGGUGUGUGUUUGGGGAGCGCAGAUUCUGUUGGCCCUGGAGAGUCUGCAUGAGCAAGGCAUCUUGUGUCGGGAUCUCAACCCGAGGAAUAUUCUGCUCACCAGCAACGGAAAGGUGUGUUUGACGUUUUUCAGCCAGUGGAGUGAGGUUCAGUCAGAGAUCAGCUCCAGAGCCAUGGAUCAGAUGUACUGUGCUCCAGAAAUCGGAGGAGUGUCGAGGAUUACAGAAGCUUGUGACUGGUGGAGUCUUGGGGCUUUGCUCUUUGAACUUCUAACAGGAAUGCCCCUUUGGCAGCUCCAUCCAGCGGGAAUCUAUUCCCACACCCAGCUGCUCAUCCCCAACCACCUAAGUGCUGCAGCUGCUUCCCUGCUUACUGAGUUGCUUCAGUUCGAUGCUGGUUAUCGCUUGGGUUCUGGAGGUGGAGGCGUAAGCGACAUUAAAUGUCACCCCUUCUUCAGUGGUGUCUCCUGGAAGGCUCUGUCCUGCUAGCAGACAUCCUAUCGUUUGUGCCACACUGUACUGAAGCUGGAUUUAAGCAUCCUACCUGUCCAGAAUGGACGCAGCACCUAUUUUACAUGAGCUUCCCAAAGAAAAGGCUGAACAAAGGUUGUGAAUAUCCAGUGCCUUGCAAAAGUAAUUAUACCACUUGACCUUUUUCACUUUACAAUUACAAAGUUCAACUCAUUUUAUUGGGGUUUUAUGUGGCAGACCAACACAAAGUAGCACAUAAUUAUGAAGUAGAAGGAAAAGGAUACAUGGUUAAAAAAAAUCAAGAUUUUAAUCUAAAAAUCUCAUCUGUGUAUUGGCGUUUAGGUGACUAAGUUAAUACUUAGAGUCACCUUUCAGGUGUAAGCCUUUGGGAAAUGUCUCCUCCAGCUUUACACGUUUAAAAUGAGACUGAAUUAUUUUGGCCAUUUCUCUUUGCAAACCAGCUCGAGCCCCAACAGACUGGAUGGACGGCAUCUGUGAACAAGUUUUGAAAUAGGUUCUCUAUUAGACUUAGGUCUGGACUUUGACUGGACCAUUUUAACAUGCAUAUGCUUUGAUCUAAACUAUUUCAUUGUGGCUCUGGCUGUUUAGUGUUGGCCUCCUGAAAGGUGAAUCAAUCACAAUCUGAAAUGUUUAGCACCUCUAAUACGUUUUCUUUCAGGAUUGCCCUGUAUUUAGCUCCAUCCAUCUUCUCAUUUCACCAGCUUAACAGAAUAAAGCAUCCCCACAGCGCAAUGCUGCUGCCACCAUGUUUUACAGAGGGGAUUUUAUUUGCAAAAAACUGAAAAAACAUAUAUCCACUUUUCAGUUAUGCACUUCGUGUUGGUCUAUCUAAAAAUAAAUUAAACCUUUUGGAUGCAUGUUGGGAAAAAUCUGAUGCUUUUUCAAGGCACUAUGUUCUAUCAAUAAAGGCAAUAACAGAUUUCCUUUUAACUCAUGGGACCAUAGUGUUUUAAUUCUAUUUUGAUAACGAGGUUUUACAUGUCCCCUUCAUAAUCAUCAUGCAUGUCAAUAAACCCCUUCUAAAUCAAAACUGUG